UAAACCUUGGACGAUAAACAAACCAAACGGCUGGUCAGUGCCAAAGUCCAACAUACAACACAGAACGGUUGGGGAAUCCUGCAAAGAUGUCUGCUAUUGAACUGGAGCCCCCUCCCCCUGGACUGGAGAUGGAGCACCGGGCUCUCUUCACCGGGGAGGCCCUGAGCUUUCUGGCCCAGCUCUCCACUACUUUUCAGGAUGAAGUGGACCGGGUCUUGAAGCUCAGAACGCUCCGGAAGGCACAGUUGGAUCUGACUGGCGAUCUCCCGGGGUUCAGUACAGCUAUGGCCCACGUCCGAGCGGACCCUCACUGGAGAGUGAGCCCAGUCCCAGCCAGACUGCAGUGCAGACACGUGGACAUUGGUGACCUUGCUCCAUGCGACACAGAGCGCUUCUGUCAGGCUCUGAAGUCUCCUGCACAGGGGAUACAGGUGGACUUUGAUGAUGGAAACUGUCCAACAUAUCACAAUCAAAUAAAGGGGAUUUAUAAUGUCUACCAGGCUGUACACAACCAAUUUACCAAUGUCCCUCCCAUUUCCAAGGCCCCCAUUCUAAUGCUCCGGCCACGAGCGUGGAACAUGAUGGACCAUAGCCUGAUGGUAAAUGGGAAAGAGGUCCCUGGCCCACUGUAUGACUUCGGUCUUCUGAUGUUCCACAAUGGAAGCCUGCUGUUUCAGAAUCAGAGUGGUCCAUUUUUCUACCUAUCCAAAGUUGAAAGCUUUUUAGAGGCACGGUUGUGGAAUCAAAUAUUCACAUGGACUGAACAAAAGCUGGGGCUUCCUGUGGGCUGCAUCAAAGCCACAGUGCUGAUAGAGAACAUUCUGGCGUCUUUUGAGAUGGAGGAGAUCCUGUACGAGCUGAAGGAGCACUCUGCUGGACUCAACUGUGGCAUCUGGGAUUACUCCGCCUCUUUUGUCAACAAGUUUGGCCACCGUCCUGACUUCCUGCUGCCAGAUCGCAGCAAGUAUGUGAACAUGGAGAAGCGUUUCCUGAGGAGCUACAUGGACCUGCUGGUCCAGACGUGCCAUCGGCGCGGUGCCCUGGCCACUGGGGGGAUGGCUGCCCUCCUGCUGCCCCCUGACACAGACAGUGCCCUCUACAGCACGGUCAUGCAGACUGUCACCAGGCUGAAGUUGCUCGAAAUCAAAGCUGGAGUGGACGGCUUCAUGGUGUAUGACAUGGACCUGAUCGAGCCCAUGCAGAAGCUAUUCCAGGCUCAUACUACGGCAGAGAAUCAACUGAAUGAGCUGCGUAGUGACCUUCAGGUGACCCGAGAGGAUCUUCUCAGUAUGCCAGCAGGGGGAGUGACACUGUUUGGCCUCAAGCACAACAUCGCCGUGGGGAUCCUCUUCAUCGAGGCCUGGCUGACUGGGCGAGGGCAUUUCUUUUAUAAGGGGCAGGUGGAGGAUUCUGCCACCGCAGAGAUUUCCAGAUCCCAGGUGUGGCAGUGGAUUCGUCACCAGGUGAAACUGGAGGAUGAUGGGACGACUGUGACCCGUGCACUGGUGCAAGAUCUCGUUAAAGAGAUGAUGGGUCACUUAAAGGAGACCAUUCUCUGCAAAACAGUGAGGGACGAGCAGAGGCUUGCCACCGCAGUGUCCAUGUUCCUUGAAGUGGUCCAGAAGAGUGACUUCCCAGAGUUCCUCACCACCUAUCUGAACCUGGACCACACAUUCCUCUCCUCUCAGAGCCAGCAUCAAAAACUGGAGCAGCUACAGUCUAAACUGUAAAGCAAAAGUCUAAGACAUGAGCUCUGUUGCAGACAGUAGAAGUUUGUUUCCUGAUUGACAAUAGUCAAGAUGUAGUAUAUAACUAAAGGCUCUGUGUGAUGUGGAA